AUGAAGGCAACUGUUGUGGCCGCUGCUGCGGCGAUCCUCGCCGGUGGCGCCAGUGCUGGCCGGGCCCAUGGUCACCGCCAUGCGCACGCGCUGUUUGAGAAGAGGGGCGAGGCCGCUGAUGAGGUCUGCACUCCGGGUUGCAGCACUAUCUACUCCACCAUCACUGGUGAAAUCACCCUUCUCCCUCCUGCUCCCACGAGCACCUCGGUCGCACCCGCCCCCGAGCCCACCACAACCGGCCCCAUCACUGUGCCGACCCCGAUCCCCCAGACCUGCCCAACCCCUGGCACCUACACCUUCCCCGCGACGACCAUCGUGGUGACGGAGACCACCACCGUCUGCGGCGGCACCCCCACCGAGGUCCCCAGCGGCACCCACACCCUCGGCGGUGUUACCACCGUCGUCGAGACCGCCACCACGGUUGUCUGCCCGGUUGCCACCACCGAGACUCAGGAUGGCGUUGUCACCAGCGUCAUCAAGACCACCACCUUCGUCUGCCCCUCGGCCGGCACCUUACACGAUCGCCCCGAUCACCACUGUCGUGCCCAGCUGUCACCACCGGUCGUCGUCCCCGUCGUGGAGACCUACUGCCCUGGUACUUACACCGCCCCGGCCGUCGUUACCACCGUCACCGAGACCAACGAGCAGAUCAACGCCCUCAAGAGCUGGAGCGAGUGGGAUCUCGUCGACCUCUGCGUCGUCGGUAACGAGGCCCUGUUCAACGGCUUCUGCUCCGUGUCCGAGCUUACCAGCCUGAUUGGCCGCACCAAGUCGGAGCUCGCCUCCGUCGGCUACAACGGCCCCUUCACCACCACCGACGUUGUCUCCGCCUGGAUUGACAACGACGUCUCGGCCAUCUGCUCCGUCAUUGAUGUCGUUGCCACCAACGCCCACGCCUACUUCAACUCCGCCACCAAGCCCGCUGACGCCGGCAAGUUCGUCGCCGGUCAGCUGGCCAUCGUCGAGAAGGUCUGCAAUAAGCCUGGCUACGUCAUGGAGACUGGCUGGCCCUCGGCCGGUAACUGCAACGGCGUCGCCUGCGCCGGUCCCACCGAGCAGCGCGAGGCCAUCGAGUCUAUUGAGCGCGAGCUUGGCAACAAGGUCGUCUUCUUCUCCUUCCGCAACGACGAGUGGAAACAGCCUGGUGAAUGCAACUGCGAGCGCAGCUGGGGUUGCGCCGCCGUCUGGGGCGUCUAA